AUGGAAAAGACAAUAUCGAAUGAUUUAGAAAAAAACUUUUAUGUAAUCAAUUCAUUUGGUUUACCAAGUUGGGAAUUCACCAAAAGUGGGCAAAUUAUUAAAGAUAACCAUAAAAAGAGUUUACUAAAUAAAGAAACUGGUAAAUUGCAACGUAAUAGACGUGAAUUAAUAUAUAAAAGAUUCAAAAAUAAUGACAUGGUAAUACAUGGUAAAGAAUUUAAAAUAUUUGGAAGACUAGGUUUAUCAAAUUUUGGAGAAUAUGUUCUUGAAGAUGUAACUGAAUCUAGCACUAACAUUGAUGGAUUCUUUCCUCUAAACAGUUUUGUAAUUGUCAAAGGGAAAAGUAUAAAUUCAAAAACUUUUAAAGUGUCCGCAAUUGAAAAUCCACCUGUUGAAACAAUACAUGAUAUAAGAAAAAAAUGGGGAAACUUUGAUUUUUUGGGUCUUAAAAAUUUGUCUAGAAAUGAGGCAAAUUUAAAUCUAGAUGAGAAUUCACAUUUUGUCAUAAUAUCGGAUUUAUGGUUGGAUAAAGAAAAGAAACUAAGAUUAGGAAAAUAUACUUUUAAGACAUUCGUUAAUCUUCGUAGAAUAUUUGAAAGUUAUAAUAAAGAACAAGAUGAUGGGAAUGGAAAGAAUAGCAAGAUUCCGUUGGCAUUUAUAUUUAUUGGGGAUUUUUUUUCAGAACCAUUAAAUUAUAAGGAUCAAUACAAAAAACAAGUAGAAUAUGGAUUCAGAGAUUUGACAAGACUCAUCUUGAAAUAUCCAAUGAUAAAACAAUGUGGUUUCAUCUUUGUUCCAGGACCAAACGAUAACUUUGGUAAUAAGCCACUUCCAUAUUUUCCAAUCUUUGAAGAAUUUACUAAAUCUGUGUCUGAGAAACUUCCCAAUGCAAUUUUUACAACUAAUCCUUGCAGAAUUAGAAUUCUAAAUCAAGAUAUGGUGAUUUUUAGAUGUGAUCUAAUAGAGAAAAUUAAAAUUCAAGAAGAUGCGAAAAAGAUAAUUCGAAUGUUGUUAUGUCAAUCACACUUAUGUCCGGUUCCGGAUUAUAAACAACAAAUUCAUGUGGAUUUUGAUCAUGCUUUAUGGUUAUAUCCAGUUCCAGAUGUUCUUAUAACAGCUGAUCGAUAUUAUAAUUACAUGUUUGAUAUAAAUUUUGAAUCUCGACAUGAAAAAUUAAAACGAAAUCAAAAAAACACUACAAUGAAAUGUAGCUGUUUAAAUCCAGGAACAUUCAACGAAAAUAAUUUUAAAUAUAUG